AUUAGCUUCAUCUCAUUCAAGAAAGGCCAACUUGAUAUUUAAAUAGGAGUACGGAUGCGGCUAAUUAGCCCGACUCCCUGACUACUCGCCAUCGUGGCAUGUGUUAAUAAGUCGUCGGUCCGCCACCACAAAGAAAUACUUACACCGGAUCCAAGAGUCCUGGAGAUGAUCUGGUCAAGGAGAUUUAAUUAACGGCAGGAAGAUGAGCAAAACUGAGGGCUCUUUUGUCACGUUGGGCGCAAAGCCGUAUAAAAGCAAGAGGCUUGGGCUCCCCCGAAGAGGGAGCCAGAAGAUGACGUGGUUCAACUUCAAACUGAAAAUGCUACCUGGGUCAAACGCAGCCAACAAGGUGACGGUUGUGGUGCUGGCGCUGGUGUUGCUGCCCCACUUGGCUCGCUGCGACCCUGACAGCGUGUCCGACGAAUGCUGCAGGCAGCCGUCGCGGGUGUGUCGCCUGCACCUGCUGCUGUGUCGCUCGGGCUGGGUCAGCAACAGGCCAGCCGACGCCUCCGCCGGCAUCCUGACAUUGGGCAAGCGCAGGGAAGAGGAGGGUCCCUUGGAUAGCCGCCUGCAGCAUCUCUUGCACGGGCCACGGAACCAAGCCGCCGGGAUCCUCACCAUGGGCAGGAGGGCCGAGAGACUGCGGGCCCCCCCUCCGAAGGCACGCCCUGACCUUUUGAUGGGCCACAUGCAGGGGCGGACGUAACAUUUGGAAAACGCAAGACACAAGAUUACCUAAAC